AUCAUUAAAACGUUUUUCGGAACACACUAAAAAAUAAAAAAAAAAAUAUAUAAAAAUACAAAUUACAAAAAUGGCAAAUAAAAAGUCCAGAGAAAUUGGAGCAUUGGCAAAAUUUUAUUUACGUAGUUAUAAUGCAAUUCAAACAUUGGGAUGGAGUUUAAUUUUAUAUUUACUUGUAAGUCAUAUGUCUGGUGGAUUUCAAGGAAGAACAUUAUGGGAAACUGUUAAAACAUCAGUUAUAGUUUUCCAAAAUGCUGCAGCUUUAGAAAUUCUACAUGCAGUAACAGGAUUGGUUCCAUCGAAUCCAAUUAUUACAAUUUUCCAAGUUUUAAGUCGAGUUAUGGUGGUUUGUGGGAUUUUACUUGCAACACCAGUAGAAUAUGCCGCAGCAUCACCUGGUCUUCCAUUGGCCUUAUUGGCAUGGUCUGUCACGGAAAUUAUUCGUUACGGUUACUAUUUUAUGAAUCUUAUGGGCGCAGUUCCAUAUUUCCUAGUGUGGCUGAGGUACACUACUUUUAUCAUACUGUAUCCAAUUGGAAUUACUGGAGAAUUAUUGUGUAUUUAUGCAGCUAAAAUGUAUACUGCCUCAAAACCAGAAGCUUGGAGUUACACUUUACCCAAUGCCUGGAAUUUUACGUUUAGCUACAACUAUUUUCUUACAUUCGUAAUGCUUCUCUACAUUCCACUUUUCCCACAUCUAUAUCUACAUAUGUUUUCUCAAAGAAAAAAGAUUUUAAGUCCACAAUCAGUUUCGAAAAAAGUUCAAUAAAAUGAACUUCAUACUUUAUAUUGAAUAUUUUGAUAAAGGAUUUCAAGGUCAUUAAGGUCACAAAGAAAUUUUAUACAAUAAAUUAUAUAUAUAUAACAUUUA